AUGGCUCAAGCAGCGAGAUUAAGCAUGAGAAUGCAAAAGGAGAUGAAGCUUCUCCUCUCCGAUCCACCUCACGGCGCUUCGUUUCCGCACCUCUCCUCCGCCGCUUCCGGCUCCAGCGACUUCUCAACUUUCUCCACCAUCGAUGCUCGUCGGAUUCUCAUAUCCUUCUUUCUCUUUCCCAAGAUCGAAGGUCCUGAAGAUACUGUAUAUGCUAAUGGAGUCUUCAACGUGAAGAUUCAAAUCCCUGAAAGAUAUCCAUUUCAGCCUCCGAUUGUGGCUUUCGAUACACCGAUUUAUCACCCAAACAUCGAUAACAGUGGCCGGAUUUGCCUUGAUAUCUUGAAUCUCCCUCCCAAGGGUGCUUGGCAACCAUCUUUGAACAUCUCAACAGUUUUGACGAGCAUCGGAUUGUUGCUGAGUGAACCGAAUCCGGAUGAUGGUUUGAUGUGUGAAGUAAGCAGGGAGUACAAAUACAAUAGACAAACCUUUGAUUAUAAAGCACGAGAGAUGACCGAGAAGUAUGCAAAGGUUAAGGCUGAUGAUGGAAGCAGCACCAGCCUCCAAGCUCAGCAAAAUGCAAACGUGGUUCAUGUUAUGAGUCAUGAAGAUGAGAAGGCUUCUGAAAGUGGAGAUAGUGUUUUAGCUGGUAAUCACGAGAAGUUAACAGUGAACCGUGACACUGCAGAAAAUGAUAUACAAAAUAGCCAAAUUCUUCUCUCGAGUACUAGAGAUCAACAAAUGGAUGACAAUGGGAAAAGAAAAGCAGCGAGUGGUUUCAGCGAGGAGGUAAAAUCGAGUAGGAAGAAACUAUCUCUCGCCUUGCCUCUUCCUCAGUCUCAGAAGAAAGAUUUGUGUGGCGAAGAACUCAAAAAUGGAGUUUCAGAUGCUUGCAAAGAAUACAAGAAACCACAUUCGUAUGGUAAGAAUCAGCCACUUAAUAACAACUUGGCCUCCUCAAGUUUUCAAACUUCUGCUGCAAAGAGUGACAACAAUAGACUAAGCCGAAAACUGUCACUAAUACCACCUCAAGAGUCGCAGUUAAACGAAGAACUUGUGCAAACUCAAGAUGAAUCCAUUGUUGUUCAAGACAGUGAUGAAAGUGGAGAAGAAGAAGAAAAAGUCGCUUCUAGGUCAAGAUUGUCACUGGGAAGAAGAAGAAGAGGCCUCAAGCGUAGAUCUUGAUCAAAACUCUUUUGGUUUUUUUUUUUUCCUUUUAAUUGGGGUUGAAUCGAGUUUGGAGUAUAUGAAUUGCAAGCAUAUGAUUUAUUAAUCUUGACUAAGUUUUUUUUUAUUGACGAAAAAAUAGGUUACAAAUGCGAUUAAUUAAUUAGUUACAACUACAUACUUCAAGAGGUUGGAUGCAAUGUCCUCCCUUGGCACAUAGAUGGGCACAAUCGGAGUCUGUCUUGCAAGCUGGAGGUGGCCUAGUCGAUCUACAAAGACAUGUUCCAAUAUGAAAGUUGCAUACUCCUCCGAAUCCAUUGGGACAAUUACGGACACAAUCGAUGUCUCUCUCGCAAGGUAUAUUUGUCUCCACCAAACCCUUGUUGGCGCCGGCGUUAUUUGCACUUCCGGCGACAACUUCGACUCCAAGAUCUUCUCCAUCAUUCGCAUAAACAAAAUGGCUUUCAACGCGAGGAGAUAAAACCAAGCAGGAAGAAACUAUCUCUCGCCUUACUUCUUCCUCAGUCGCAGAAGAAAGGUUUGUGUGGUGAGGAACACAAAAAUGGAGUUUCAGAUGCUUGCAAAGAAAACAAGAAACCACAUUCGUAUGGAAAGAAGCUUUUUCUAGGGCUGAAGCAGCCACUUAAUAACAACUUGGCCUCCUCAAGUUUUGGAACUUCUGCUGCAGAAUGACAACAAUAUACUAAGCCGAAAACUUUCAUUGAGACUACCUGGAGAGUCCCAGUUAAACGAAAUGCUUCUGCAAACUGAAGAUGCAAUUAAUCCAUUGGAAGAAACAUCAAUGGCUGAAUCCAUUGUUGUUCAAAACAGUGAUGAAAGUGGAGAAGAAGAAGAAGAAGAAAAAAUCUGUUCAAGGUCAAGAUUGUCACUUGCAAGAAGAAGAGGCCUCAAGUUUUAAGCAUAUGAUUUUUUAAUCUUGAGUAUAAUAAGUUGUGAAGAAUAUAUUACAAUGCGAUCUCUAAAAAUAAUUAGAAACAAUCACAUGUCCCAAGACGAUCGUUGCAGAAUCCUCCCUUGGCACAUUCAAAGCUACAAUCGACGUCUCUCUUGCAAGGUGGAUGUGCCAGCCCUAGAGUCCUGCCGGCGCCGGCGUUAUUUGUAGUUCCGGCGAUAACUUCGACUCCAUUAAGCUCUCUUGCUUCUGCUCCAAGAUCUUCUCCAUCAUUCGCAUAAACAAAAUAGCUUUUAACGGUUAGUUUUUUUGUUUAAAUAUUGAUAUUUUUUGGUUUAGAGAUUUCAACUAUAAAGUUUUAGUUUUGUGAAAUUUUGAGAUGGUUUUAAA